AUUCCCAGUCCUAAAGGACGCAAAAUCCAGAACAACUCCACGAGGACAUCAAUAUGGCCGAAGUUGUUCAUACAAAAACAGCCGCUUUCAUUUAAAGAAAAAAACUUGGAGACAAAUUCAAAAUGGCGCCCCAAUCCAAACCAUACUUCUUCUAUGGCCACCGUAAACCAACUCAACAUCGUCCCACAGUACAAGGUGGCCUUUUCUCCAAUCGCCAAACCAUUAACCCAACCAAAAACUCACCUUCUUCUACUACCCAAAGUGAUUUUCAGCUCCAAAAAUGGGACCCUGAUGGAGUUUCUGGUCCAAAAUCAAGAGACCCAUCUCAGGAAUUUUUUUCUUUGGCUCAACGCUUAUCACCAAUUGGUAGGUAUAUAGUUGAUUCAUUUAGGAAACAUGGGAGUUGGGGUGCACCACUUUUGGCUGACCUUAAUCGCCUACGAAGGGUUACACCUAAGCUUGUAGCUGAAGUUCUCAAGCAUCCUAAUCUUGAUCCUAAAGUCUCCUCCAAGUUCUUCUAUUGGGCUGGAAAGCAAAAAGGUUAUAGGCAUGAUUUCGCUUGUUACAAUGCCUUUGCUUAUGGUCUGAAUCGGGCGAAUCAAUUUCGGACAGCUGAUCAGGUUCCUGAGCUGAUGCAUAUGCAAGGAAAGCCGCCUAGUGAGAAACAAUUUGAGAUCUUAAUCAGAAUGCAUGGUGAUGCUAACAGGGGUCUUAGAGUAUACUACGUGUAUGAGAAAAUGAAAAAAUUUGGGGUAAAACCAAGACUUUUUCUGUAUAACAAACUAAUGGAUGCUUUGGUUAAAACCAAUCAUUUGGACUUGGCUAUGUCAGUUUAUGAUGAUUUCAAGAAGGAUGGGUUGGUAGAGGAAAGUAUGACUUUCAUGAUCUUGAUAAAGGGUCUAUGCAAGUUAGGACGAAUGGAUGAAGUGUUUGAGCUUUUGGGUCGGAUGAGAGGGAAUCUUUGUAAACCAGAUGUUUUUGCUUAUACAGCAAUGGUAAAGAUAUUGGUUGCAGAGCAGAACUUGGAUGGUUGUUCAAGGGUUUGGAAGGAGAUGGAGCGGGAUGCAGUUGAACCCGAUGUUAUUGCUUAUUCAACUUUUAUUGCUGGUUUGUGUAAAAAUAAUCAGGUUGACAAAGGCUAUGAGUUGUUCAAGGAAAUGAAACAAAAGAAUUCUUUAAUAGAUAGGGGGAUUUAUGGAUCUUUGAUUGAAUCGUUUGUUGCAAAUGGAAAAGUUGGUUUAGCUUGUGAUUUGCUUAAAGAUCUGAUGGACUCGGGCUAUAGGGCUGAUUUGGCAAUCUAUAAUUCUCUUAUUGAAGGUUUCUGCAAUGCAAAACGGAUAGAUAGGGCCUAUAAACUUUUCCAGAUCACAGUUCAAGAAGAUCUUCGUCCUGACUUUUCCACUGUGAGGCCCAUAUUGGUGUCUUAUGCAGAGUCAAAGAGAAUGGAUGAAAUUUGCAAAUUGCUUGAGGAACUGCAGCGAUUGGGCUAUUGCAUUAGUGAUGAUUUAUCCAAAUUCUUCACAUGUAUGGUAGAGAAGGAUGAUAGGAUUAUGAUUGCUUUAGAAGUCUUUGGAUAUUUGAAAGAAAAAGAUUAUUGUGGUGUUCCAAUAUAUAACAUUCUUAUGGAAGCUCUCUAUAAGCGUGGCGAGGUGAACAAGGCACUCACAUUGUUCUCUGAAUUGAGAAAUUCAGAUUAUGAAUCAGAUUCAUCAAGUUAUAGCAAUGCCAUCCAGUGUUUUGUAGAGGUAGGAGAUGUACAGGAGGCAUGUACGUGCUAUAACAGAAUUAAAGAGAUGUCUUUGGUUCCUUCAGUUGCUGCAUAUCGUUCUCUUGUCAAAGGGCUUUGCAAAAUAGGAGAGAUCGAUCCAGCAAUGAUGCUAAUUCGUGACUGCCUAGGCAAUGUGGCGAGUGGGCCUAUUGAGUUUAAGUAUAUUCUCACUAUUAUUCAUGUCUGUAAAAUGAAUGAUGCUGAGAAGGUAAUGAAAGUUCUAGAUGAAUUGCUAGAAGAGGGCUAUUCUCCUGAUAAUGCUGUAUAUUGCUCUGUAAUUUCUGGCAUGUGCAAACAUGGAACAAUUGAAGAAGCACGGAAAUUUUUUGCAAAUAUGAGAAAGCGGAAACAUCUUACUGAAGCCGACGUAGUUGUUUAUGAUGAGAUGCUUAUUGACCACAUGAAGAAGAAGACAGCAGACUUGGUGUUGUCUGGAGUGAAGUUUUUUGGUCUGGAAUCAAAGUUAAAAGCGAAGGGGUCUACUCUUUUAGCGGGUUGAAAAAAUCAACCCAGGUACAGUUUCUAUCCAUAGUUGUUGGAGGGGUCCAUCUGUUGCACUAGAAGAUUUAAAGUGCAUAUUUUCUUUGAGAGUUGAAAGACUACUCCGAUGCUUUUAACUUUACCCAUCUAGAGAUUGAGCAAUUCAUUGCUAACUGAAUCAAACUUUUCAUGGGCAAAAGAAAAAGCUGACCCUUUGUCUGGAGACUAGAGGAAAGAAGGGAAAUGAACCUAAAUUUCCCUUUAUUUGUUUCAAGGAAGGGAAUUGGCGAAGAUGGAUAACAUUUUAAUUUUGGAGUCUCUUAUUUCCCUCGUCUUCCAUUCUUGUACUUUUCUUUAACAUCGGUGUUGUAAGGGUCAACUUGACUAAUCUACCACGCAGCUUGUCCAGCUAACAAGCACAAGUUGCCGAGGUAUCUUGAUCACCAAGGCUGGAACUGAUAGAGUAACACCAAGUGUUGUGGUUAAGAUUCAGACCUAGGGUCUGCAAGUUAUUACUCCUAUGCCUUAAGCACUAGAUCAUCCCCUUGGGGACUCCAUACUAUACUUUCUCUUUAGUUUCCGUCUUUCCUUGGUUUCCUGACAUAGGAAAUGAAGAAGUUGAUUUGGCACUCAGCUGGCUUAUGAUCCUGCCAUGGAAUCCCGUCUAGCAGAGCCAUUGAUGACUUCUGCUAAGGUAGCACUAUCUAAUAACCAGUUUGCUAAAUUGGCUUUUGGUUAUAUUCAAAGAGUGAAAUUGGCUGGUCAGUGGCCAAGCACAACUGUCAGCUUAUUUUAUUUGUAAAAUGUGAAGGCUUGAGGUUUUCACUCUCUACUGAAAGGUUGGCCUGAGAAUCACUAGGUUUCGGGGGAAUACCAGAUGAGUAAAAGAAGUUGCAUAAGUUUUUCAUGUCUUUGUCUGUCUUACAGGCCACAGCAUAUCACAAUAAGGUUUACAUCCAAAUGCACAGCUAAGGAAUAUAUCUCAUGUUUGUCUUGGCAAGAGGAGAAUUCUUCUUUUCAAGUAUUUACUUCUUAUAAAGACAGUCUAUCCAUUUGAAUUUGCUGCAGGAUUUUGCAGAAAAGAUGAUCAUUCUCAAACAAUUUUUGUGGAUUUACUGCCAAGGGUUCCUCGGCUCCCCUUGGACCAUUUCCCCGCUGAGACAUGUUCAGUGGGAAAUAUUCUAGUUGGGUGUCAUCUGUUGAUCUACACCUAGUAUGAACAGAUAUUUUUACUUUGCAACUUGAAGUUGGAAGAUGAGCUUAUUCAGAAACUGGCAGCUGCAUGUUGAAGUAUAUGGUCCACCAGAUGAAAGCAUUUACAUGGAAGUAUCUGUGUUCUCUCUGUGUGUGUUACUGUGUGGAUCGCGGGAGAGAGAGAGCGCAUCUUUUUGUUUAGUGAUGUGGGAAUGGUUUAACAGUAUUGAAGCGCAAGCUGAAUGACAUGGUAAGAGAAGAUUUGCAAGUAUUUGUUUGCUUUUUGUUUUCCUGAUUCGGAGAUUUAUAGGUUCACUUGUUCCUUUGCUUUUCUCGAGAAGGUUAAUUGACCUUUGGAUAUUAACGGAUCAUAGGACAUGGAUGAUGUUUCAAGAACAACAUCAUUGACGAUGCUAGUAGCCGUUUUGAAAGGGAGUGUAAAUGUACAAUUGCAAAAAGGAGGAUCUGCUGAUUCAGUUUGAUUCUUGUAACAAUAAGUAAUAAAUAUUUUUUUUUCCUCAACUUCAAUUGAGGAUGAGAUAAAUAUAGUUUCGCUGAGCGGCUUAUCGAUAAUAUUGAUUUAUAUCAUGAUAAUGUUAAUGCAGAUUUUGAUUGAUGCUGUA